CUUGUAAGCCCCUUGAAAGACAAUCAGCGCUCCGCGGUCCUCUGCCCAAUGUCUCCAUGCUGGCGCUAAUGUUCUCGGCCACCCGCCGAGCUGGUCCCCUGUCGCAGGGGGUGCCCGGGUCGGCGGCGUGUGUCGGACAUCUCGAGGCCCGUGGAGCCUUGAGGACCAUGUACGCCGGCCCUCGCUCUGGGAGGCUUCAUCGGCACCUGGUCACCUCGGCGGUCCUGCCCUCGCGGCAAUUGCCCGAAGGAAGCACCAAUCUCCAGCCAUGCUCCUCGAUCCUGAAUGCCGGUCUGACUGGCGAAAAUGGCGCCAGGUCACCGGCGUCUCUGAGCAAACUCUCCUCCAGGGGGCUUUCUCCCGAGGAGUAUCGCCGGCGACUGGGGUCCUUCUUCGCACCAGCCAAAGAGGCCAGCUCGUCGCGCUCCCAGGCAUCAACUCCCUUCAGUCUGCUGGAAUAUGCUCAAACCCCGCCGGCCUUCCUGGACACCCAGAUCGCCGAGUCCUUCUUCAACCAAACGCAAGCAGCUCUUCACAUUUCGGCCAACGGCCCGGAGGAAGAGUCCACCAAGAUCGCACUCGAGCUCUCCAAGUACCGGAAUUGCGAGACCAUCAUCAUCAACCAUGCUUCGCACAAAACCCCCGGCACAUACGAUCCGAACAAUAGCAUCUCUUCGGCCUUGUCCCUGUUCACCCACUCCUUGAAGUCUCUCUUCCUGUCCAACACGCCAGUCGAGCUGGUUCACCUGGCCCGAGUUCUUCAGCAGUCGCAAGGCCUCAAAGAGCUCUACCUGAUCCAGUGUGACAUCACCGAAACCGGGGGCAUGGAGCUGGCCCGUGCUCUGAAAAACCACUCUCUUGAGAGGUUGCACAUUGUUGGCUCUCGCGGGCCAAUCUCCACGGAUGUCAUUCGGGAACUCCUGUCUGGCCGCCUCUCCCGGCAGCUCAUCGAACUGAACAUCGCCAACUGCCAGCUGACCGAUGGCAGCGUGUCGGUCAUUUCGCGUUCGGUUGGCCCGCAGUUGCGGCACCUCCGCCUGCCAAAUAACUUGAUCACCUCGAUGGGGCUCUCCUCGCUCUUCCAGCUGGGCAAGAGCCCCGGCAACCUGAAGUACCUGGAUGUGUCCCACAACCGCAUCACCUUCUCCAUGGACUCGCACUUCAUGACGGCCGGCCUCUCGGACACCACCAUUCGCGACAUCACCCUGACCGGGAACAAGAUCCAGUCCGACCUGGAGCCCGCUCGGCAAGGGGCCUCCUCCCGUCAGAAGGAUGUCCGCUUUUCCUACCACGACAUUGUCACGGUUCAUGAUCACCCCAAGAAAGUCAACUUGAUCGACGGGCCAAAGAUCCUCUCCACACUGGACAUGGUGUGCGAGGCACGGUCUUUCCCCAAUCGGACAAAUCCCUUCCUCUUGGACUCGUCGAAUCUGAGCCGCGGCUUGGCCGACCACCUGUCACACCUUGUGCACUCGCCGCUCAUCGUCUCCUCGCUGGCGAAGGACUGGUCCUUCGGAAAUGGGGGCACUUCCAACGAGCCCCCGGAGCUGCGCUUCAUUCCCCUGACGCCGGCCCUGCCAUCUCCCAUGCGCGACAUCAUGACCCUGCCGCCGGACUUGCUUCGGUCUUUUGGCUUGCUGCCAUCGACACUGGAUGCCGGUGCUCCCGCGGCUUCCAAGUCCUCCCCGGGCAAGGGGGCCUCAUCACGGGCCGGGCCCAGCUCCGGGAGUGGCGCCGAUCCGGAUGCCGACGUGCCGCCCUUCCCGACAGACGUCACCCGAUCCCGGCGAGCCCAGCUGGCGGCCCAGCUCCAAGAUGUGGCCCCUUUCCACCCGGCCCAGCUGAACCAGCUGAUGGAGUCCAUCCGGCCAUUGCUGGACACCUGGCACCUGGAUGCCGACAUGUUGUUGGGGUUCCAUGAUCCGGCGGGCCUGCGAAAGCUGGACCCGGAAAUUAUGGGGUUGCUCUAUUCGGCGCGGCUGCACGAGCUGUCCAACCUCCUGGUGGCGGCAGAUCGCCUCUCCCGAAGCCGGGUCCUUUCCUUCACGUCGCAGCGCAUCCAGCGCGCGGAGCUCACUCGCGCGUCACUGGAUACCCUCUCGCCGUCGGAGCGCCGUGUUCUGGUGCAGAACUUCAAUCUCGGGUCCAUGCCCUCGGUCGGUCACCUGGCCGAGGAGCCGGCUCUGCACCAGCAGCUGUCGGAGUCCCUGUCGGAGUCCUUCGCCUUCAUCGAGCAGAUGGACCGCGGGGUGGUCCCCUUGGAGGCGGUCUUGACCGCCGGGAAGCCGGUUUCCCUCCAGCAGUCGACCUCCUCCUACUUUCGAUCCCUCUUCGAGGUGAUCAACCCCCGGCCAUCGGCGGUGCCAUCGCGCCGAGCGCCGAAUGAGGCCUCGCACGAUCCCAGUGCCAGUGGGGUCGGCGGCCGGGCCACGGCGGCCGGGCAGUUCACCCCGCCACCGGCCGUGGUCGAGGCCGGGAUCUUCACCUGGACGCCGGAGCAAAUGCAGCGCUUCCUGGUGGACAUCGGCCUGGAGCCGGUGGCCCUGCACCACUCGCCGGAGCAGCGCUGGCUGCCGGCCGGGCGCGACCUGGCCUCGAUGUCCGUGCUGGAUGUGGUGGCCGAGACGGAGCUCCCCCUGCCGCAGGUGGUUUAUCUGUAUAGUCGCCUGGUUUUGGCGGCCGUCCCGCCGGCGUGGUCUCCACGUGGCCUGCUCUCCCUCUCGCAGCUGAAUCACUUCUUGCACUCGACCCCCGGCGGCCGGGACCUUUUUGACCGGGCCCUGGAGGACUGGUAUCUGCUUCACCGCCAGGCCUUUCCUCUGCCGCCGCCGUCGGCCCUGUCCCACAGUAAGUCCAGGCAGAAUGCCAAAACCGCGCGGACCCGGCGUCCCGGCCAGGCUCAACGCCCGCAUGAUGGGUCUUCCCCCCUGGCAUCGCCUUCGACCGGUGAGCAGGGCCAGUCGACCCGGGGCGCGGGUCGCUCGGGCGACUCGUCUGGCUCCUCGAAACCCCGGCGGGCCCGGGUGCCGGACACGGCCGGGCCUUUCACCACCGCCGCUGCAUUUGGCCCUUUCGCCUUCCUCGCGCCGCUGCGGCACCUGUUGGCCACCUUCCGCCUGGACCGGGCGCCCCUCGGGGAGUCGCCCUUCGAUCGGCCAUCCAUUCGCCAGGUGUCGCGUUUGCGCCGGGCCCGGUCGUACUCCGGCAUGCCGAUGAUUGGCGUCACCCUGGCGCCGGGGGAUUUCCUCCGGUCGGUGUUGGGGAUGCUGGACACGGCGCCGGAGCUCUUCCGCUCGCCGACCCUCGGGGCCACGUCGCUCUUCAACCUGUCGGCACGCGACCUGGAUGAGUGGUUCCUCCGUCUGGCCGGCUUCGAGGACAUAUCCCAGCGUUUGUCCCUGCGCCAGGGGGCCGGCGGGGCCCAACUCCAUGGUGGCAUGGCCCUGGCCUCGUACCUGGUGGUCAGUGACUUCUUCCGGGCGGACCAUCUGCCGGACUUGCCGUGCCCCUGUCACCGGUGCAUUACCCGGCGCCGGGCCACCCGCAGCGAGGACUUCACCACGCCGGCGGUCCGGCGGUCAUCCGGUGGCAUGCCGCUGCUCUUUGUGGGGUAUCCCGGGCCCGGGGUCCGGCAUGGCUCCCCGGGGCCCGGGGCCACCGGCCAUGGGGAUCACACUGAUGACAGUGACAAGGAUGCCGGGGACCCGGGUCACUUUGACAAUGAGUACCUGUCGGCCGUGGCACUGGCCAUGAUCCUGGAGCCGGAGCGCUUCCGCGGCCUGAGCCACGAGACGUACGCCAUGUUGCUGGCCAUCGCGUGCGACCAAUUUGUCGUGUCCAACCAUGGCCAGUCGCCGGGUGGGCCUCAGGCUCCGGCAGUCGAGCCGGCGGCGUCGGCCGGCGCGUCGGCCAACAUGGCGGCCCCCCUGGCAACCGGCCGGCAGAGGAAGGCCCAUUAUCGGCGUCGGCGGCCGCUCGGCCCCGAUGAUCUGGCGACCCCUGCAUCCACCUUCCCCAGCCUGCACCCGAAGCAGGAGCGCAUCCUGCGGGCCUUCUCCGACAUGUAUCCCGACUCGCGCGAGCCGAGUGCCAAGCCGAAGGCGGCACCGCCGUCACCGGUGGCGGCGGCCCCCGAGCCGCCGGCCCACGCGGAUGAUGUGGCCGCCGUGUCGGUCCUGCCGCCGUCGGCGUCAUCGCCGGCCCCAGUGCCGCCCCCGCGGUCGCCGUCACCGGGCGAGUUUCCGGCCACCCGCGCGCGGGCCACCCUGCCCCGGGACCCGGACGUGGAGAGGGCCCGAGCCGCGGUGGCCGAGGCGAUGGCCGAGUCGCCGGCCGAGCUGGCCGCCGCGUUGAGCCAGCUGGCCGAGCGCACGCGCGAGGGGUUCCUCCGGUCGGCGAGCCGGCAGCAGGGGUCCCGAGCAGGUGCGCCGGCCGAGUGGCAGGCCCCGGCCGAGCGCUCGCCCAUCCUGUCCUACAUCGCCGGGCAUCGGCCAGUGGUCCAGCUGGGGGCCAGUGUCGGGCCGACCUUCACCCUGGAAGGGGACCGGUGUGUGGAGGUCGACGCGACGACCGGCGAGUCGGGGGCCUUGCCUCAGAGGCCGGGCCAGCUGCCGGUGAUCCUGGCGGCCGACCUCGCUGCCCGACUGGCCCCCACAUCGAGGGAGCUGCAUCGGCACAACAGCCGGCUUCUGGGGGAUCUGGCCCCGGAGCGACAUCGCCUGCGCUUGGCCGAACUCCGCGGCGAGCAGGCGGCCAGCCCCUUCCUGGCGCCGGGGCCGCAGCUGGACGCCUCGGUGGCGGAAAACAUCGAGCGCCUGUUUGACUUCACCCCGGACAUGGACCCGUUCGGGGCCGGGGCCGGGGCCGGGGCCGGGGCCGGGGGCCCGGCCGGGGCAGAUGCCGCGGCCAAGAUGGACACCCUGUUGGGGCCCUUGCGGCCGGCGAGCUGGCAGGAGCAGCGCCAGCGGCGGCUCGAACGGGCAGCCGCCGAGGCGGCGGCCGAUCACCAGCACCCGGUCGACGGGCCGGCCGAGGCCCAAGCGCACUUGGAAGCCGCGGCCAACAAGUGCCUGUACAACAUCCUGGUGGACACCUUCGAUCACUCGGCCCUGCGGGUGGACCGGCGCCGGAUGCAGGCCCACCGGGCGCUCAUGCACACGGCCGGCCGGGCCUUCCUCGGCCAGUAUGGCCAAAUGACCGACCUGCAAUUCCUCUUCGACAUGCGUUUGGACAUGCCGCUCGGGGAGCUGGUGCAUCGGGCAUCUUGGCUGCGCCUGCGCGAGCUCUACCUGGCCAGCCCGUCGGCGGACGAGGUGGAGUCCGGUCUUCGGCAACGCCCUGCCUGCUGA